CUUUCUCUCUGAAGCAGCCUAAAACUGAAACGGACCCAUUGAAGCGUGGUUGGCUCACCUCCUCGCCAUUUCUCUCUCUCUUGGUCACUGGUUCACCGGAGCUACCUCCUCGCCUUUCCUCUCUCUCUCUCUCUCUCUCUCUCUCUCUCUCAGCUGUCCUGUUCCUGUUCGGGGCAAAGGCUGCUCUGCUCUGCUAAGCUCCGGAGGAUCAAGUUCAACACACUAGCGGAUAUCAAUGGCGGUCACAUUCUACGACCUUGGCUCUGCUGCUGGCCUAAAGAAACUUGAUGAGUACCUUUUAAGUCGCAGUUACAUUUCUGGGUAUCAGGCUUCCAAGGAUGAUAUCACUGUUCAUGCUGCUAUUUCAAAAGUUCCAUCAGAGGACUACGUGAAUGUGUCUCGUUGGUACAACCAUGUCGAGGCUCUUUUGAGGAUCUCUGGUGUGGCUGGCGAUGGUGCCGGUGUCAUUGUGGAGGGAUUUGCUCCCAUCACUGAGGAGGCAGUGGCUACCCCACCAGCAGGUGACUCGAAGGCAUCUGCUGCUGAGGACGACGACGAUGAUAUUGAUUUGUUCGGAGAAGAAACCGAAGAGGAGAAGAAGGCUUCUGAAGAGCGUGCAGCCUCCAUGAAGGCAUCGACAAAAAAGAAAGAGUCUGGAAAGUCAUCAGUUCUGUUGGAUGUGAAGCCAUGGGACGAUGAGACAGACAUGAAAAAGCUUGAAGAGGCAGUCAGAAGUGUCGAGAUGGAGGGUUUAUUUUGGGGAGCAUCCAAACUUGUAGCUGUUGGGUAUGGUAUCAAGAAAUUGCAGAUAAUGCUCACCAUUGUGGACGAUCUGGUCUCUGUUGACUCGCUCAUUGAGGAACGUCUUACUGUUGAACCAAUUAAUGAGUAUGUCCAGAGUUGUGAUAUUGUGGCCUUCAACAAAAUAUGUAAGUCUAUUAGUGAGUGCUGUUUGUUCUAAAGUGUACAAAAUUAUGUUGAUGCUUAUAAUGUUUCUGGUGAUCAUAUCUGCUUUGUUGAUUUGUUAUGUUUGCCUUUUUCAGGAUCUAAGCCCGUUGUGAUUUGAUUGCAGAGAGUUUGUCAUCAGAGUUGAAGAUCUUUAUUUAUAGUGCCUAUGCUUCAAAUUUUCAUAUUCCUAUUUUGGUUUUUUUGGAUAUGAUCGUAUGUUGUCAAAUUCUGGAUCUAUAGUCCUAGAAAUGAGGAUUUGCCUGUACCAUUGUUAUUUUGGUAUAGUUUAUUUAUAUGUAGUUUAUGAGACGCAUGCCACAAUUUCAUAA